AUGAACUUGAUGUCUCCAAAGGGAACACCGGUUCAGAACAACGAAGAUGGCGCUGAUGAACCCGAGGGUGAGGAGGAGGAAGACGGCGACGACAUUGAAGAUGAUGACUAUGAUGAUCAUGAUGAAGCGGCCAACAUUUCUAGACAACUGCCCUCAAGUAUUCAUGCCACUUCAUCGUCCAACAUCAACCCUCCGAAUCAUCGUCUUCUACAAAGACAAUCCCUUCACAGAGUGACACCCACGGUGAUGCAGCGAGGGAACCACGCACAGUCAAGCACCGAAUCUGGCACAACAGGCUUAACUGGCAUUCACAAAGCUACAGGUACUGGGCAGGCUGGGCAGGCGGCGGAGGUGACCUACAACAAGCGAACAGUCGGGUCCAGCCCUGGAGGAGAAGGCGUAUUGGAAGUCUAUCUGAGCAAUCUGGUGGCAUCAAUGGACAUGCUUCCUGUGGCAGUUCAAGAUCAUCUAACCAACCUCUAUUUUCAGUCGGCCAAUGCAAAGUGGCCGUUCCUCCUUCGCAGCGAAGUUGAGGGGUGGAUUCGAUCUACGAGGACUCCGGGGUCAGAUGGUCAUUCUGAUGAACACUACAAACGAUUCUUUUCGAACAUGGCAAGUGCUCUCGCGUACAAUGCCAGAUGGUUGCUAAGAGGUUGCAAGAUAUUCAGCAUCAGUAUCCUUCUGAACCCCAAGUUGUCGUUGGGCUCGACGCAACUAUCUCAGUUCUUUCACGAUCGAGCAUUAGCCAAUUUCACCUCAUUCGGGGUGGCUCAGGGUAGUCUGGUACGUAGUGUCCAGGCUCACGUUAUGCUAGCCAUACACGCCCUCUUUUGCCCUUCCUCCGACCAGAUCUUCCAGAAGGUGUCGUCGGCCCUCCGUUUCUGCGUCUUCGCAAAGUUCCACCUGGCAGAGACUGAACCACAGCCCGUUGAUUCUCAUGCGCGAGUGGAGAUCCAGAUGCGCAGACGGCUGUUCUGGGUCUCAUACUCUCUUGAUAGAUUGGUUUGUGGCUUAUUUGGGCUUCCAUUGUCCGUGCCGGACAACGCCAUUACAGUUCCAAUGUUUGAGGGUCUAGAAGACAGCUCUAUAGCUGAAAAACGACCUCCGUCACAGAACGUCAUCCACCGCACCUCUAUAUCACUGGCAAUACAUCGUCUUCGUUGCUUCCAGAUCCAGUCGGAAAUCAUUGCGAUGACUACUGGACCCGACUCUGCACGCAACCCCGAAUCAAUGUCCGAGUGGAGAUCUUCCAUGAUGGGUAAGCUGGAUCAAUGGAAGUCACAAUUGCAGCAUCUCAGUGAGCCCAAUUCUCCGGGUUCUGGAAACGUCCCGUCGAGAUGGCUUUCAAUCGUCUACAACCAUUGCUUGCUGUAUCUCCAUCGACCAAACACGCACAAUGUGAGAGGCCCUCAUGGGGAGUGGUCCGUGCGAAUCGGCAUCCAGAGUGCCCUGAUCUUUCGGAAGUUUCAAGCUGAUCAAACAAUGGCACACCGAUGGAUGGGUCUCAUUAGCCAAUUCUCCAUUGCGAUAACUAUUCUUUAUUGCUUUUGGGCGACACCACCUCGAUUCCGAACCGAGUCAUACAACAUCCAAAAAGCCAUCCUGGGUAUUCAAGCUUGCUCGAACAUCCUUGCAGUCAUGGCUGAUCGAUGGGAAAGUGCCCGUGAUCUAAGAGACGUGUUCGAGGCUCUGGCGGGAGAAACACCUUUGGUAGAACCUGCUUCACUGAACCAGCAAGUCAUAUCUGGUCGGGCCAUUAAAAUGAUCAGUGCGGAAGCUGCAAGUAAGAUUCGAUCCAAGAUGCCGUCGGUCAAGUCAAUGGUCAUUAAUCGACAAAUCCUGUCCAUGAUCGAAGAGAUGAUCAAUGAUGCGCUGCCUGAAGACGAUGAACUCGAUACCAACACGAUAUCUACCGGGCGAGAAAGCGACGACAUGAGCCAACACAACCGGCUAGCCUUCAGUCAACCCGAGCCCGUGGCAGCUCUUCACUACCCUGACCCUGCUGCAUGGAGGUAUUCUCUUCUGGACAACAGUCAUGAUACAGCAAUGUUGGAAUUCCCGGGAGAAAUAUCAAACCUUGGGGGUUACGACUUGUUCGACGUGCUUUGA